AUGUUUGGAAAUUUUUUACAGAAAUAUGACAUAGUCAGCACAUUCCAGCUUGCUGACGUCCAAUACAUUGCCGUCGCCGGCACUGCUGCUGUCACCGCAAUCAUUAGUUGCAACGGCAUUAGGUUUACUGCCACCCGUUGCUUCCUCCCCCUUCCUGUCUUGAAGGUGAUUGAGGAGGAGGAGGAGGCUGUGGACGGGAACCGGACACCUGGACGAGGAUACAAUGAAGAAUGCUGUCAUGCAGACAGUCAUGAAAGCCCGUUUGAACAAGCAGUGAAGAAGCAGGAGCCUCGGACAUACCUGUGCCAGCCACGUUUGAUGGUGGAGUCAGGAGCAGCACGCGCUAGUGAGAUUGCAACCGACUACCGUCUCCAGCACCAAAAUUACACCCAAGUUGUCAUGAGAAACCAUUGGACCGUCACCGAGAGAAUCAACUGUCCAACCCUAUGGUCCAAUUUCUCCGAAGCUCGAGACGACCAAACGAAGUUCAAGGCCAGUCUCAGGUUCCCGACCAAUGCCUGA